CCGGCACUGCCCGGGAGCUACGAGCUGGCCGGCAAGGUGAUGUUACUUGGAGACUCAGGCGUGGGGAAAACCUGCUUCCUGCUCCAGUUCAAAGAUGGAGCCUUUCUCUCCGGGACGUUCAUAGCCACCGUGGGCAUAGAUUUCCGGAACAAAGUGGUGGCCGUGGAUGGCGUGAAGGUGAAGCUGCAGAUCUGGGACACGGCAGGACAGGAGCGUUUCCGCAGCGUCACCCACGCCUACUACAGGGAUGCACAAGCCCUGCUGCUGCUCUACGAUAUCACCAGCAAGAUGUCCUUCGACAACAUCCGUGUGAGUCCCCUUGGGGACUUGGGAGGGUGGUGCCAGCUGGCCCUGGUAGUGGUGACACUUUCCUUCCCUCAGGCCGACGUGAGCAGUGAACGGGCUGUGAGGACAGAGGAUGGAGCAUCGCUGGCCAGGGAGUACGGGGUGCCCUUCAUGGAGACCAGUGCCAAGACGGGCAUGAACGUGGAGUUGGCCUUCCUGGCCAUUGCCAAGUGGGUACUGGCUCCACCGCUGCAGGAGCUGAAGCAGCGCGCGCUGCAGCCGCCGGACGAGCCCCGCUUCCAGAUCCACGACUACAUCGAGUCACAGAAGAAGAAAUCUGCCUGUUGUGCCUUCUCCUGA